AGAUAGGGACCAGGGUUCGGAUCAGUCAGGGCAGAGCAGAAGAGGAGUGGAUUGAGUGUGGAGUUGAAUGCAAAGCAGGAAAAGGAGAAGGAAGAGGAUGGGUUUCCUCUAGCUCUAAACCUAUAAUCCUAUGAAUGCUUGGGAAAAGGAAUAUCUUGAUUUGGAGAGUAUUUAAGCUUUCUGCUUUACUGAGAGGGGGAGGGGCUGCCUGUAAUAGAGUUGGCAGGCACCAGAAGAUCUCAUCUGAAGCCAAAACUGUGUCAGCUUGCAAACUAGGAAAGAAGUUGAACUGACCAAGCUGAACCAUCACAUCAGGUACAAAGAUCCUGUGUUUACCUUGCUGCUUGUCGAGACAAGUGUGUGGGACGAUGAGGCUGAGAUUAGCUCCUCUGCUCCUAAAGCCACUCUGGGGCUCCCAAGACUUCUAUAGGCCUCUCCGCUAUGUGAGCACAGGGCUGCCCAGCCCUCAAAAGACCUUCGCCGAUUUUGAAGCCAUUCACCAAGGAAAGCAGGCGAUACCAGAGUAUUUUAAUUUUGCCAGUGAUGUGCUAGACAUGUGGAGUCAAAUGGAAAAGGCUGGAAAAAGGUCCCCAAAUCCUGCUUUCUGGUGGGUAGAUGGUCAGGGAGCUGAGGUAAAAUGGAAUUAUGAAGAGUUGGGGAUCCAAUCCAGGAAGGCAGCCAACGUUUUGUCCAGAGUAUGCAACCUGCGGCCAGGGGAUAGAUUGCUGAUGAUUCUCCCCAGGAUCCCUGAAUGGUGGUUGGUGACCGUGGCUUGUAUGAGAACAGGGGUUGUCAGCAUCCCUGGAGUCUCCCAGCUAACUCUGAGGGACAUCCAGUACCGACUUCAGGCAUCCGGUGCCAAAGCCAUCAUUACCAAUGACUCCUUAGCACCUCAGGUGGACACCAUUAGUGCUGACUGUCCUUCCCUCCGGACAAAAGUGCUUGUUUCUGGCAGUACCCGGCCUGGUUGGCUGAACUUCAGAGAACUAUGCCAAGUGGCACCUGAAGAACACAACUGUGUGAGGACUAAGAGUAAAGACCCAUUGGUUAUUUACUUCACCAGUGGCACCACAGGUUCACCCAAGAUGCUGGAACACACCCAAGUCAGCUAUGGAUUGGGCUUUGCCACCUGUGCAAGCAAGUGGACAGAUUUAUCAGAUUCUGACAUCUUCUGGAACACAUCUGACACAGGCUGGGUCAAAGCCUCCUGGACCUUCUACUCUACUUGGAUAACAGGAGCCUGCCUUUUCAUCCACCAGCUGCCAAAAGCUGACACCAACGUGAUCCUGGAUACACUCUGCCAAAUGCCAAUCACUACCUUCUGUUGUGUUCCAACCAUGUUCCAGAUGCUUGUACAAUAUGACUUGACCAGGUACAGAUUUAAGAGCCUGAGGCACUGUGUGACAGGAGGAGAGACCCUCAAUCCUGAUGUGAGAAAAAAAUGGAAGAGAGAGACAGGUCUGGAGUUGCAUGAAGGCUAUGGCCAGUCUGAAACUGUUUUGAUCUGUGCCAAUCAAAAAGGAAUGAAAAUCAAGUCAGGUUCCAUGGGGAAAGCUUUUCCACCUUAUGAUGUCCAGAUUGUAGAUGAUGAAGGCAACAUCCUUCCUCCAGGAGAAGAGGGUAACAUUGGCAUCAGAAUCAAACCAAAGCAGCCCUUCUGUUUCUUCACAGGCUACUUGGACAAUACUGAGAAAACAGCCUCUUGCAAACGGGGGGACUUUUACCUCACUGGGGACCGUGCCCAUAUGGAUGAAGAUGGUUACUUCUGGUUUAAGGGAAGAGCAGAUGAUGUGAUCAAUUCUUCAAGUUACCGAAUUGGACCCUUUGAAGUAGAAAGCGCCCUGUCAGAACACCCGGCUGUUGUCGAGUCAGCUGUGGUCAGCAGUCCAGACCCCAUCAGGGGAGAGGUGGUAAAAGCUUUCGUAGUUUUAAAUCCAAAUUUUGUAAACCGAGACCCAGGGGAGCUGACUCGAGAUCUCCAAGAGCAUGUCAAAAGGUUGACGGCACCAUACAAAUACCCCAGGAAGGUGGAAUUUGUCCAAGAGCUGCCAAAGACAGUCAGUGGGAAGAUUCAAAGGAGCAAAUUAAGAAAGAAAGAAUGGAGGAAUUAAGAUGGCAUUGGUGAAGAUACUUAUUGGCUUUUCAGCAUUCCUUGCAGAGGCCUCGGAUUGGUCUUCCCCUCCACUUUAAGAAUGUCUGAGUCCUUUGGAAUGAAAAGCCUGCCCCUGAUCAUGCUUCAAGGAAUCAUCUUAGAAAUGGGCCCUUUGAAUAGCCUGGGUGUGCACUGUGCUAAUGUUCAAGAUGACCACUCAUAACGAUAAUAGCUUACCUUUAUGUGGUACUCUAGGUUUUAUAAAUUGCUUUAGUCACAAUAAUCCUCUGAUAUAUGUAGUGCAAAGACAAUUAUUCCCGUUUUAUAGAGAGGGAAACAGGAUCUACGAGCUGAGGUCAGAAACGUAACUAGAACUCACUAAGUUGGGGCAAAGGAGAGGAUUGGCUGGGAGGUGGGGACGGCGCAUGAGUCGAUGACCAAGAUGUCAUUCCAAACGUGAGAAUAGUUACACCAAAAGAGGGGUCAGCACCCUCCCCCAGAGUCCAAGUCAGCCCAGUUGGGGGUAGUGGGGAGUUCAGCUGGGCCCCAGUAGAGGAACACCAAGACGAUGGAAGCGGAAAACUCCAAGCAGCCGCAUCGCAUGACGGGACCAGCGUGGAGGACUCUGAGGCACAGUUCAGGUGUAGUAGUCGCCAUGACAGAAAGUCCCUCCAUCCUUCUCAAACUGGAAUCCAACAAUACGUUGUUACAAGAGACACGCUUGAAACCAUACAAUGAUCCAAGACAAUUCCCAAGAACCCAUGAUGAAGAAAGCUCGAGAGAGAGAACUGAUGAAUCCUGAGCGCAAAUGAAAGUUUAAUCUCUUCACAUUCUUUGUUCUUCUUGCUUUUAAAACUACGACUAAUAUAGAAAUAUGUUUGAUGUGAUCUCACAUGUAUAAUUGAUGUCAUAUUGCUUGCUUUAGUGUGGGAG